UCCCUUUUGUGCUUUGAGUUUGGUUGUUCUUCUUCAUAUUUUCUCUUCCCUUGUGAGGUUUUGGGUUUUCCUUUGUGUUUGUUUCUUCUAGAUCUUUUGAUAUCAAAGGUGUGUGAGACCAAGUGGGCAAUUUGAGGACAUGAGGAUGUUGGCCUUCAAAGUUUAGAGCUUUGUCUAAUGGCUUUUAUAGGUGCAGUUCCUUCAAUUUGUACUUCUGGUGUGUGAAAAGUACAAGGGAAAGUAAAAAGAUUUGAAUUUUUCACUAGGGUCAUCACAAAACAGAGUAUUUACAUAUGGUCACUGAGAUGGAGGGAUGUACAAGGAAGGAGGAGGAGGCAUGUCCGCAGCUCCUAGAUUUAAUUCCUAGACAGAGAGACUGGCUUAUGAACAGAGAUAUUGAAGGCACCAGCCAUGGAAGCUCCUCCUCAGAGGAGAAGAAGCUUGAGCUCAGGCUUGGCCCUCCAUGCCAAGACUGGUCAAUGGAAAGAGAAAGAGAUGAGAAGUCUCAGUCCCUUCUCUCUCUUGGGUACUUUUCUUCCCCCAUGUUCUCCAACCAAACCCAGAAACUUAUUUCUUCUUACCAGCAGCAGGCAAAAGUCGGAUCUUUUGUUCACCUGCCUGUCAACUCCAACAAAGCGUCACAGCCCUGUUGCAGUAAAGUGGUAGACUUGCAGAAUGCAGAAAGGAAAGGGUUUUCACCAGCCCCUGCAGACACAGCUGUGCUCCCCAACACCUCUCAGAAAAGAACUGCUCCUGCUCCGGUUGUGGGUUGGCCUCCAGUUCGAUCAUUUAGGAAAAAUCUUGCAAGCAACAACUCAUCGAAACCUGCGGUUGAAUCCGAAAAUGUUGUCCAAAACAAAGUUCCUAGUGGUAAACCAGUUGAAACCAGCAGACAGGGUCUGUUUGUGAAAAUUAACAUGGAUGGAGUUCCUAUCGGAAGAAAAGUGGACCUCAGUGCCCAUGACAGCUACCAAAAGCUCUCCUCCGCUGUCGAUGAACUCUUCCGUGACCUUCUCGCAGCUCAAAGAGAUUCCUGUGCUGGUGGAACCAAGAACAAGACAGGGGAAGAGAAAGAAAUCACAGGUUUAUUGGAUGGAAGUGGAGAAUAUACCCUAGUUUAUGAAGAUAAUGAAGGAGACAGGAUGCUCGUUGGGGAUGUCCCAUGGCAGAUGUUUGUGUCGACCGUGAAGAGGCUGCGUGUGCUCAAGAGCUCUGAACUGUCUGCACUUCGUCUUCGUAGCAGCAAGCAAGGUAAGAUGCCACUUUGACUCUGCAUUCAACUGAAGAAAGAGGAAUUUUAAUCUCAAGAAUCCACCAUUGAAGUUUGUAUUUUGCAGUAGACUUGUAUUGUGCGACUUAUCUGAAAUUUUGCUUCAGUAAUUUCUGUCGAGGUAGGUAGGGACCCAAGUGGCGUGCGGAGAUGUAUGGGAUUGUGUUUGGGCUGAAAAUCCUAUCUAUGCCUCUUGGCUCUUGUAGAAAAAAGAGAAGCAAAGAAUGUGCUUUGGGUGGCACAUCACUUUGCCAUAUUGUGCAUUCUGGUCAUUAUGUUACGCUGAUUUAACCGAAUGUCACAUUAUUUACUCUUA